AUGAAGGAACGAGAACUUUUAAUAAGUUCUAGGCUACAGAAAAAAACUGACGAUUUGAUAGUAGUUACCAUCACUCCUCUACAAGAAGUGUCCGAAACAAAGAAAGCUCGUUCAACAAGAGAGCGGAGCCGGCUGCCGCUCUCCGGGGGAAGCUCUCAGAACCCGACUCUAACCCCAGGGAAACGGGCAGACGAAACCCAAGCUGCCUGGGGCUUGGGCGGCCAGCAUCACCAUCCCAUUUACGCUGGAUUCGGGGAACCUUCCCUCCCGAGGAGCCUCGCGGAGAGGCGGCUCCCCACAGCCGCUCCCGACCUGUCAAUCCCGAGCCUCGCGGGGUUUCCAUUUGGGCUGCUCUGUGGCGCCCGCACGCCCCGCAGCGGCGGCGGAGGGCCGACCCCCGGGGCUAGGAGGGUCAGGCCCGCGGCGAAGGCGCCGCGUCCGGAUUUCGUCGCGUUGUGCCCAGAGGCUGCCCGCCGAGCGCAGGCGCAAGCCCAGCGUGCAGAGAGGCCCGGAACCAGAAAGCCCGCGCUGCGGGAAAAGAAACUGUGGGCCCAGGGGUCGCUGAGGAGGAGGAGCGUUGGCAGCCUGCUAGCUUGGGCACAGCCCGCGGCCGGUGCAGAACUUCCGCCCCUGGCCAGAAUCCCACGACCCCGACGCCAAACCCCUCCCCCUGUCCCAAGUGUCCCCCAGAGUCUGGCCUGGCCUCGAGGUCACCUGGGUGCUGGAUCCGGGUCCCAGGGCCCAGCUCCCACGCCCUCCUCCCCGGCUCGGGGGCCUGGAGCUGGGUGGACGAGCUCUCCCUCGUCCACCAGGUACACGGGGUUGAGAAGUUUGUUCGGCUGGGAAAUGGGCUUCGCCAGUACGAACAAUCCGGGGAAAUCGCCCCAAGAAGGCUCCUUCCGCAGUGUAUUCAGAAGAAGGGUGUGUGUGAGGGAUAGGAGACGCUGAGCUCCAACAUUUGAGAAGAAGCGUUUAAGAUUUGCAAACACCCUUCGUGGGGACUGUGAACCCCAGGAGACGCAGAGGAGCAGGUAUGUGGCUGUGCCUCCCCGGCGGGUGCUGUUCCCGGGCGCGGGAGUCCCGAGGCGCCGAGGCGGGAUCUGCGCACCCAGAGCGGCUCCUGCGCUCGACAAAGUAGCCUGUGCCAGCACGAGCCGCCCGCGGCGUCAGUCUGCAGGUGGUGGCGCGGUGAAAGGAGACGCUGGGGCCCGCGGCGCCGCGAGAGGGGCCGGGGGCCCCCUCCACUCCAGCCCGCGGCUCCGAAGUCCCCGAGCCCACAGCCGGGCCGCCCAGCCGAGUGGCGCACAGGGGAGCGAGGGAACCGGUUUUCCAGCACCUCGUCUCCUCUCUGCCACUCCUUCACGGGCGCCGAAAGGGCGAGGGAAGGGCGGGGACCCCGGGACGGCCUCGGGACUGGCGUCCCCCUCUGCGGACUGGGCUCUGGCGCUGCGUUCGCUGUCUUCGCCUCGCUGUGCGCGGCGUUUGUCAGCCAAGCCCUGGAG